CCCACCCCGCGGCUGCCUCUAAUCGCUCCUACUUAAAGGAUAUUGGCCGCAGCCGCCGGCAGAGGAUAGAUUCCGACGGAAGGCUUCCGAGUUCUGCUGCCGCUGCUGCUUUCGCCUUUGUACGUUUGCGGACUCCCCAGGCCAAUUAACUUAGCUACGCAGAAAGGUCUUCCUGGCGGGAGAGGACCAAAGGAAGAGUAGCCGGAGCCGAGAGACGGGCCAUCAGGAAGGGAGGGUCACAGCUCCUGGAGCGCGGCUACGUGAAACUGCGGCAGGAGCAGGUCCGAUCACUUGGCGGACCCAGAAGGCGAUGCCGGGAGCGGCCGCACCUGGGGUGCGGGCGGGGCGCGGGAGGAGAGAUCGCCCUAAUCUCUCGGCCUGGUCUGUUUGUUGGUAUGGGGCGAGGAGAAAUCGUAUCCUAGGAAAAUUGGUCGUAGGAGUAUUUGCAAGCCUUCGCCUGGGGCUCGGGGAAUCCGACGCGCUGCCAUCCAAAGCUCUGCCAAAGAAGCGAUAUAUCCAGAAUAGAAGGCAACGGUAUUGCAUGUCUCCGUUUCUACAAGUCCUCUAAACGACUCUGCUCUCAGCCAGAAAGCAGAAACCAAAUUGUGUCCCCAUUGAGGCCCCACGUGAAGUUCGCAAAGUUUGCUGAAUUGGUUAUCUCCAGGGGAAAUCUCCAUUUUUGAAAGUCCUUACCGGAAACCGCCCUGUGAAAUUAAUUGGAGUCCAGUGAUAAUGGGUUUGUUACUUUACCAGGGCCUUCUGAUAGGGGAGUCCACCAGAAGACGUGGUUUCUGCUUCAGAAAGCUCUUUUUUUCUGAGGGAUGUGUAUUAUCUUUUUUUUUUAAGGAAUAUAUUUAUUCAUGAGAGACCCAAAAAAGAGAGGCAGACACAAAGGCAGAGGGAGAAGCAGAUUUCUUGCAGGCAGGCACUAAACCGCUGAGCCACCCAGGGAUCCCCAGAUGUGUAUUAUCUUAAAAUUUAUAUCUUUUUCUUUCCUGGCUCUAUCUUCUGUAUGCUGGUGAAUCCCAAUACUAUAUCUUUAUCCAGACCUCUGGGCACCAGACAUACAGAUCUUCCUGGUGGUUCUUUAGUCAUUUUAAACCCAAGAAAUCUCAGAAUGCUUGAACUUCAAAGUUGCAAGGUGUGACUAAUGGAGUCUGAGGGAAUUCCUUCUCUUCUUCCCCAGCCUAAACCAUGUUCUCUGCUCAGUGGAUGUUGCCACCGGGCAUCACUUAAUCCGCACCGUGGGAUUCACACUAGAUGUUGGUUACAAACAUUAAAUGAAAGGAAUUUGGAGAAAGAAGGAGUCUUCAGAAGGAAAAUGAAGACCUGAAGAAGCUAACAGUAGGCCUGGAAGAUUAUCUAUACCUUUUAAAACAAGGAAUGUGACAAGACAGAGGGGCUUGGGCUAGAGACACGUUUAAUCUGAUUGAUAAGCAAGUUGACUAUUCAGAAACUAUUCACCAUUGUGAAGGAGAAAUUAACGUUCCAGGACGCAUAUUCCUUUAUUUAGAAGCGUUUGGUCUACAGGUCCUAAUUGGCCAUUGAUGGAUUGAGAGAAGGGAACCGCAUUCCAAGGCGAAAAGCUCAAGAAAAGCGGAAGGCUGUACCUUGCAAGUUGGCGCUAAUCAGUACACGACUCCGAGUAGUUAAGAAGUUAAACUUAAAUCAAUUUUUGAUUCCUUCAACUACAUAUUUUGUUGAGUCACCGUCAUACUGUAAUGCAACUAACGCGCUUAGCAGUGUCAGGCGCCGAAGAAAUGUUAGCUACGGGCUUGGAGUUACGUAACUAUUAACUGGAAAUACAGGCUGAAACCUAGUUCAUGGGUAGGCUUUUAUUUCGAAGGAAUCUGUUAUAUUUUAAAUCCCAAGCUUGCAAAAACACUUAAAAAUUGCGCUUACCAAAAUGACACCAAUUGCAAGGAAAGGUCUAAGAAGAAAAACAGCUGGGAUCGCUAAGAUUACAGAAAAGUACGGAAAGGUGACUAUAGGGAAAAGAUUAGCAUAACAAUCUACCCGAAUAAAUAGGAUUGAAUCCUGGCCAAUGAGAUCGCAACCUGGAGGUUCCUAACCCUCCCGGCCCAAUCAAGACAGGGCUAUAUCUAUAAAUAAGACUGCCGAGCGCUUCUUGAAAAAAGCGGGUAAGGCGCCAUGGCUCGUACGAAACAGACCGCCCGCAAGUCGACCGGCGGCAAGGCCCCGCGCAAGCAGCUGGCCACCAAGGCGGCCCGCAAGAGCGCGCCGGCCACGGGCGGCGUCAAGAAGCCGCACCGCUACCGGCCGGGCACGGUGGCCCUGCGCGAGAUCCGGCGCUACCAGAAGUCCACGGAGCUGCUGAUCCGCAAGCUGCCGUUCCAGCGGCUGGUGCGCGAGAUCGCGCAGGACUUCAAGACGGACCUGCGCUUCCAGAGCUCGGCCGUCAUGGCGCUGCAGGAGGCGAGCGAGGCCUACCUGGUGGGGCUCUUCGAGGACACCAACCUGUGCGCCAUCCACGCCAAGCGCGUCACCAUCAUGCCCAAGGACAUCCAGCUGGCGCGCCGCAUCCGCGGGGAGCGCGCCUAGAGCCCCGUUUUAUCAGAAGGCCACCUAAAGGCUCUUUUCAGAGCCACCCAUGAUUUCACGAGGAGCAGCUGUACCCGCUUCCCGCCUGGCGCGGGUCGUGCCCUGGUGUAGGGGGUCGAGGGAUCCGGGGAAACUCGCACGUGUUGGGUAGUGGGAUGC